GUGUUUAACAAAAAAUAGUUAGAACUUUUGAUAAAGUUAAAUAUUACGAUAAAGAAAUAUCAGACUUUUCUGGGGUUGUGAGAAGAAAACAAACGUAAAGACAGAAAGUGCACGUCAGAAUUUGCAGUAGCAAGUCUGUGGUGUUUUUGGGGUAUGGUUUCAACGGUGGAGGAUUAUAUAGUGCUUUCUUCUCAUCCACACCUCUCUCUAUAUCUAUAUCUAUAUCUAUAUCUAUAUCUAUAUCUCUCUCUCACACACACUGUACACACUCUGAAGAAAAUGUUUUUUAUGUGUUUGUUGUUAUAUGCAUGUUUAUAUAAGUGUUGAUUUUUCUAAGCUUUUUGGCAAGAAAAAGUGAAAAACCAUUGAAUCAUGAAGGAAAAAUAGUGGGUUUCGUUUUCGGAAGAAACAAGAGUUGUCUCCUGGGGUGAUGCCAAAGAGGGAAGAAGAAGAAGCCAUAAUCAAGAAGCAAUUCACCUGAUUUUCUAACUCACUCUGUCUAGUUUUAACCAACUUUAGCCUUUUUCUAGGUGCGUAGUUUUGUCUUUAAACUCAAAUAUCCUGUCUUUACAUUCAAGAAAAAGUUAAGAUCUGAGGCCUCAUCCAGAUAGAUUUUUACCCUUUUGCUGAUGUUUGCUUGCAGAUUAUUUAAAAAAAAUUAAAAAAAUGAUGAAAGGUUUAGUAACUCAACAAUCACAUCCCCUUAUUGAAGAAAACGUGUCGAAUUUGACUUCUGCCUCUGGUGAAGCCAGCGUUUCUUCUUCGACUAACAAAAAUGAUAGUGGAGUCAUGUACCCAUCUCAGUAUUUUCCUCCCGCAAAUGAUCAGUCUCAGCCUCAACUUGUGAAGAAAAAGAGAAAUCAACCAGGCAAUCCAGAUCCUGGUGCAGAAGUGAUAGCUUUAUCACCAAGAACUCUCUUAGCAACCAACAGAUUUGUGUGUGAAAUUUGCAACAAAGGGUUUCAAAGAGAUCAGAAUCUUCAACUUCACAGAAGAGGACACAAUUUGCCAUGGAAGCUUAAGCAGAGAACAAGCAAAGAAGUGAGGAAGAAAGUAUAUGUUUGCCCAGAAACUACUUGUGUACACCAUGAUCCAUCAAGGGCACUUGGGGACCUAACAGGGAUUAAGAAGCACUUCUGUAGAAAACAUGGGGAGAAGAAAUGGAAAUGUGAGAAAUGUUCAAAGAAAUAUGCAGUUCAGUCUGAUUGGAAAGCCCAUUCCAAGACCUGUGGCACUAGGGAGUACAGAUGUGACUGUGGAACCCUUUUCUCAAGGAGGGACAGUUUUAUAACUCACAGGGCCUUCUGUGAUGCUCUAGCAGAAGAGAGAGCAAACACAAUAACUAGAAAUCCAAUUCUCACGUCUCAAGCAAGUUUUUCAACAUCCCAUAUAAACCUUCAAAUUUCACCCCAAUUCAGUGCCCAUAAUUUCCCAUUCCCAAUAAAAAAAGAGCAACAAAAUUUCAGUUCUAGACCUGAGAUUCCACCAUGGCUAGCUUCUUGUCCACCAGCACUGGGACCUGGACCCAUUCCUGGCUCUAGCCCACCACACAUUGACCUCACCCCGUCAAUCUUCAACCCUAGAUUAGAUCAAGAAUUUUCUCAGCAUGAACAACUAUUUUCUCAGAAUCAAAACCCUAACCCUAGUAGUGGCCAUGGACCCUCAAGGGCCUCAACCCUACCACCCUAUAACCCAGCAGCAUCUCCUCAUAUUUCAGCCACUGCAUUGUUACAGAAAGCUACACAAUUGGGUGCAAAAACUAGCCCAUGUCCAUCACUGGAGGCCAUGCUUAUUAGACCCCACCAAGAUCACAUGUCUGCAGCAGAUUCUGGUCACAGUACAACAGCUGCUUUUGGUCUAAACUUGUCCUCAUGUGAGAAAAUGGCCAGUGGGUUCAUCGAUGGCUUGGCUUUGUAUAAGAAUAAAGCUGCAAUGAAAGGUAAUACAGACACAGGUGCACCAGCACCAGCAGCAGGUGAUAGUAGUACAAGUGGACCUUCUUUGCUUCAUGACAUGAUGAUGAACAAUCCUGGAUUUGAAGGAUCAACCUUCGAAGAUGCAUUUGGUGGGAUCUUCAAUUCUUUAAGGAAAGAUGGAAUUUUUCAUGCAGCCCAUUAUCAGUUUAGCACAGGUGAAGGUAGUCGAAUUGAUGGAACUACAAGGGAUUUCUUGGGAUUAAGGCCUAUUUCUCAUAGUGACAUUUUGAGUAUAACUGGCCUUGAUCAUAACUGCAUCAAGACUUCUUAUGAGGAUCGAAAUGAAAUAGAAAACCCGAAAUCUUGGCAAGGUUAGGGCAGUUUAAAUGCUUUUGGUGUAGAUCUUCUUUUUUACUAAAUGGCUGUAUUUCUUGAUUAAUCUUUACUAAUAAGGGAAACUAAAGGGGGAAUCCUACUCAUUUUGGAUGAAAAUCACUUUUUUUUGGGAGUUACUUAUUGCUUAUAGUUACAUUCAUUAAUGCUUGGACCACACCUA